AUGGAACAUGCCAAGUCUGUCACUAUCCUUAGGAGUGGAAAGGUAGUUAAUAAAGAGGUCCCAACAAAGGUUUCACAACCUAAGGGAGAUUUAGAAACCAAGGAAGAUGACAAGCCUAGUGAGGUUGAAGAUGUAGUGGAGAAAGGAACAGAGAAUCAAGAUAUUUUGGAAGUAUUCAAGCAAGUGAAAAUAAACAUUCCUUUGUUAGAUGCCAUCAAACAAAUUCCUUCAUAUGCAAAAUUUUUGAAAGAUCUUUGCACGGUCAAGCGAAAGCUUUUUGUUCGCAAAAAGGCAUUUUUAACAGAGCAGGUAAGUGCUAUACUUCAGCAAAAAAUUCCUUUGAAACAGAAAGAUCCUGGAUCACCAACUAUCCCAUGCAUCAUUGGAAAUUCUAAGAUUGAUAAAGCAUUAAUGGAUUUAGGAGUAGGUGUAAAUCUACUACCCUACACAGUUUAUGAGCAGUUGGGCAUUGAGGAUUUAAAACCGACCAAAGUUGUUCUUCAACUUGCCGACCGAUCUGUUGUUAUACCAAGAGGGGAUACAAAGCCUAUUUCGCAUUCUAGCAUUGAUGUUCCUGUCAUUUUGGGACGACCAUUUUUGGCUACUUCUAACGCUUUGAUUAAUUGCAGGAAUGGAAUCAUAAAGCUUACAUUUGGAAAUAUGACCGUUGAGUUGAACAUCUUCAACAAUUGUAAACAACCUGGCAUUGAUGAUGAUGCGGAGAUCCUUGAAAAGGACAUGAUCCAAACCUUGGUGGAAGAAUUUAGUUCCCACUGGAGAGUUGACAUUGAAGACAUAAGCUGUGCAAAAGCAGCUUCAAUGUUGAAGGUGGGAGGCACGGCCUGUGAAGAUGAUGUAGCUGCUGUGGGGAGAUCUGGUGGAGGCUGA